UAAAAUUUAAAUCUCAAUCUAGUAUUCAUAUUUGUAUAUACACAUCUAGUACACAUACUAAUAUUCAUAUGUCUUAGUUAGGGUUUACUAUUGCUGGGAAGAGACAGCAUGACCAUGGCAAACCUUAUAAGGAAGAUAUUUACUUGAGAGUGGCUCACUUAUAGUUUCAGAGGUUCAGUCCAUGAUGGCAAGGAGCAUGGCGGCAUGUAGGCAGGCACAGUCUUGAGAAAUAGCCAAGUGUCCUACAUCUUGGCAGGCAACAGGAAGUCGGCUGACUGUCACACCAAGUGACGCUUAAAAACAAACAAACAAACAAACAAACAAAAAACCCUCAGAGCCCACCCCCACAGCGACACACUUCUAAUAGAAGGUGUGGCCUAGAUUAAAGGUGUUCCCUCCAGCCUCAAAAUGUGGAUUAAUGGUGUGUGUCAUCCAUCCUCCUUCAACUAGACCACAUUCCCUAAUAAUGCCACUCCCUAUGAGCUUAUGGGGGCCAGAUACAUAAAAAACUACCACAACAUAUAAAGAUGUAAAUUGUAUCUGUCUUAUCUGGACUGCUUGGGACCAGAAGUAUUUUUACAUUUCAGAUUUUGUGAUCCUUGCAAUAAUUAACACAUAUAAUAUAUUUUAGUGGUGGAAAUCAAGUUUAAACAUGAGAUUUAAACAUAAUAUACACCUCAUCCAUAUAAUAUAAAAGUCAUUUUGUUCGGUUGUUUUAGUCACCUACAUUUUAACUGUAACCUCUCACGUUAGGAUAGAUAUGGAACUUCUUGGUGAAAUAUCAGGCCUCAAAAUGUUUUUAGAGUAUUUUGAAUUUAAAAUUUUGGGGUUAUAUAUAAACAGCCUAUAUAUGUAUACAAAUACAUGUAUCACAAACACUACACAUAUCUUACCUUUUGAGUGACAUGCUUUACUUAUCAUGGAAUAUUUAAAAUCAUUUAAAUAAUAGAUAUUAAAAGAAAUGCUUUAUACAAUUCACUGAAUUGCCUUUAUUACCUUCCAAUGGGGGUGUUACAGUUUAAGAAACAUCAGUCUAGUGAUCUUUAAUUGAACAUCGGGUGCUUCUGGGGCUGGCCAGACAACUCAUGCAAAUCUUUCCACUUUACAUAAUCUAAAGGCAUUCAGACUCAACUGAACCGAAGCAGCUUGUUGGGCUUGUACAGAAGUGAAAUUUAACUUUCCACAUUGGGCCUGUGAUCUGUUCUAGAGGGAAACCCUCACAAAACAAAACAGCAGUAAUGGAGACAAAAGCUCGUGACCUUUUCAGAUGGCUGUAAAUGUUUUAAAUGAGCAAUUCAUGUUCACUUCAGGUGGAAUAAAUAAUUAAGAGAUAUACAUAAGAAUAAAAGAUUCAAAUUCUUGCUAUGUUAUCUGAUGAUUGUAUCCUUGGACCAGUUUCUGUCUAAAUUCAAUUUCUAGUAAGUGUUACUGAAGGCGAGAAUCCUUAAGCUGAGUCAUGCUGGAGUGCUUCUCUGAGAUAUUUCUCCACAGAGCAGAGAGUUUGCCUCAUGGAUGACCUGGCUUCUGCUUCUACUGCAGGCAUUUUCACACCAAAGGGUAAUUACUUUUGGUGACUGUCUCCACUUUAUGCAAUGUAUCAUUCCAUCUCUGAAACUAGACAUCCUCUGCAAUCAGAAGAACAAGAAGUAGGCAUUGACCCCUUGUCCAGCUAUUCAAAUAAGUCUUUAGGAGAUCCAAGUCAAAAUGGAAAAAGAACUAAUUCUACCAUAGACUCUGAAGGAACCUUUAAUUCAUACACGAAAGAAUGGGAAGAACUAUUUGUAAACAACAAUUACUUGGCAACAAUAAGACAGAAGGGGAUUAAUGGGCAGCUGAGAAGCAGCAGGUUCCGCAGCAUCUGCUGGAAGCUCUUUCUUUGUGUUCUUCCUCAAGAUAAAAGUCAAUGGACAAGUAGAAUUAAAGAACUAAGAGCAUGGUAUAGCAGUAUUAAAGAAGUACAUAUCACUAAUCCAAGGAAAGUUGUUGGCCAACAGGAUCUGAUGAUCAACAAUCCCCUUUCACAAGAUGAAGGAAGUCUUUGGAACAAGUUCUUUCAAGAUAAAGAACUGCGAUCCAUGAUUGAGCAAGAUGUCAAAAGAACAUUUCCUGAAAUGCAGUUUUUCCAACAAGAAAAUGUGAGAAAAAUUCUUACAGAUGUUCUGUUCUGUUAUGCCAGAGAAAAUGAACAGUUGCUUUAUAAACAGGGUAUGCAUGAGCUACUAGCACCUAUCAUCUUUAUCCUUCACUGUGACCACCAAGCUUUUCUACAUGCCAGUGAGUCUGCGCAGCCCAGGAGAAAAAUACCUGCUGGUAUCUUGACACAUGUUUGUAUACUUCCUAAUCAGAGUGAGGAAAUGAAAAUUCUAUUGAACCCUGAGUAUCUGGAGCAUGAUGCCUAUGCAAUGUUCUCACAGCUUAUGGAAACUGCUGAACCUUGGUUUUCUACUUUUGAGCAUGAUGGUCAAAAGGGAAAAGAAACUCUGAUGACCCCCAUCCCCUUUGCUAGACCCCAGGAUUUAGGACCAACAGUUGCCAUUGUUACUAAAGUCAAUCAGAUCCAGGAUCAUCUACUGAAGAAACACGAUAUUGAGCUCUACAUGCACCUGAACAGACUAGAAAUUGCACCACAAAUAUAUGGGUUGCGAUGGGUGCGGCUGCUGUUUGGGAGAGAGUUUCCACUGCAGGAUCUGCUGGUGGUCUGGGAUGCGUUGUUUGCCGACGGCCUCAGCCUGAGUUUAGUGGAUUAUGUCUUCAUAGCCAUGCUCCUCUAUAUCCGAGAUGCUUUGAUUUCUAGUAACUACCAGACCUGUCUUGGCCUUCUGAUGCAUUAUCCACUCAUCGGGGACAUACACUCACUGAUUCUUAAAGCUCUGUUCCUUAGAGACCCAAAGAGAAAUCCAAGGCCUGUCACUUACCAGUUCCACCCCAAUUUAGAUUACUACAAGGCCCGUGGAGCAGACUUUAUGAAUAAAAGCCGGACCAGUGCCAGAGGUGCUCCCCUGAAUAUACAUAAGGUCUCCAACAGCCUGAUUAACUUUGGAAGAAAGCUGAUUUCCCCAGCCUCGGCUCCUGGAAGUAUGGGGGGUCCUAUUCCUGGGAGCCACAGCAGCAGCUCCUUCUCAGCUGCCAUCCCCACCAGAACCUCCGAAGAAGCCCCAAGGUAUCAUGUGCAACAGCAGCAGCAGCAGCAGCAGCAGCGGCUGAUGAAAUCCGAAAGCAUGCCGGUACAGUUGAACAAAGGCGACGUAGUUACAGGAAGCAGUGCUCAGCUUUCUGUUCCUGUCCAGGCUCUAACUGACCUCCAAGGGCAAAGUUCUAAAACCAUCAGUUCAUCCCCAAGCAUCGAGAGUUUGCCUGGGGGGAGAGAAUCCACUGGCUCCCCACCUUCAUCUGCUACUAAAAAGGAUUCCUUUUUCAGCAACAUUGCACGUUCCCGCUCACACAGCAAAACGAUGGGCAGAAAAGAAUCCGAAGAAGAAUUGGAAGCCCAGAUUUCCUUCCUACAAGGACAGUUGAAUGACCUAGAUGCCAUGUGCAAGUACUGUGCUAAGGUCAUGGACAUGCACCUUGUAAAUAUUCAAGAUGUGGUAUUACAAGAGAAUUUGGAAAAAGAAGAUCAAAUUCUGGUUUCCUUGGCAGGGUUAAAGCAGAUCAAAGACAUUCUGAAAGGUUCCCUGCGCUUCAACCAGAGCCAGCUGGAGGCUGAGGAGAAUGAGCAGAUUACCAUUGCCGAUGACCACUACUGCUCCAGUGGCCAGAACCAGAGCAACCCAGUUCCUGGGGCCACCAAGCAGGCCUCUUCAGAGCUGCCAGGGUGUACAGGUGGAGGGGCCUCAGAUGACUUCAUUCUGGUUUCCAGAGAAGAUGAGGGGCGCAGUGCCAGGGGGGCCUUGGCAGGCCAGUCGCAGCCUCUUCUCCCCCUCAGAAGCACAUCCGGGAAAAGCAGAGCCCCAGCCUGCUCCCCACUGGUGUUCACAGACCCGUUGAUGGGCCCCGCCUCAGCUUCCUCCAGCAACCCCAGCUCCAGCCCUGAUGACGACAGCAGCAAGGACUCUGGCUUUACCAUCGUGAGCCCCUUGGACAUCUGAACACGGGGACUCCACUAGUGGAGACCCUGCUGAACCAGUGUUUCUUUCCCGGCAUGCAUUUGGCAUUGGCACAACCCUUUGGAACCCUUUGGAAAGAGGUUUCCUCUUUCAAUGCGCUGUGUUCACCAUAAGUGCAGACAGACCUUUCCAGGCCCUUCUGACCCUGUGACCCUUGCUCUGAGUUAGGGCUAGCUCCGUGCCCACCGUCAGACCAGACCACAACCGAGCCAGCCGUCUUCCAGGCCCUCCUCCCCAGCAGCUGUCAGUUACACUCUUAAGGAAGGGCUGCUUUCAAGACUCCCUUUUAUCAAAGCUUCAGCCACGGGAAAAUUGUUGACCCUGUGGAAAUCUGGCAGGCAGCCUCACUCUUGCCUUCAGAAGCCCAACCACAGACUCAGGGCCGCAGAACAGAGAGUGAGUGGCUCCCGGCCUGGGCUCGUUUCCCGGCCCUGGGUUGAUAAACUUCAGCCACUUCUGUUCCUCUCUGAGCAACUGCAUUUCACCUUCUAGACUCUCCAGAGCCAGGAAGCAGGGUGGCUGGAAGCUCCAGCGGCCUGUUCAAUGAACACAAAGGAAAACCACAUUCACACCACCCAGAGCCAGACCCCCACUUGGAAUUAGAUUUGGAGUCCCUUCUAUGGGAGCAGGCUUACUAAAGAACAUUCCAGGUGUCAGAAGGAUGCAGAGCUCCUACUCACCCCUUUCCCCUCUGGGCCCUCAGUUGUAAACUGCACCCAGGCACCACUGCUAGACUGGGUCUUCCUGCCCCAUGCCCCUGCCUGGGCUGGCAUCGGUGUGACACCCCCUCCUCAGUUGGCAGAGUGCAGAGCUGUGUCAGGCACAACACAUCUUUCUUGCAAGGAGAAGGGCUUUCUGUGCCCAAGCAGGUGUCCUGGCGACAGUGGGGAUUGUUGGCAGAGGCAGCCCGUCCUAUCCGCCUUCUGUCCCUGUGCUUCGAGGGCAGCAGAGCUCUGGGCAUUGCCCCCCCCCCCAGCACUGUCUUUCUCUGCAGACAGGUGUGCUAAUGUCAGGAUGCUCCCCCAUGCUCGAGUCAUCUGUGAGGAUUUCUCCUUAGCUGUUCUCGAUAGCAGGGCUCAUGACUCACAUGGUAGCAAGGCUCAGCCAGUGCCUGGUGAGCUCUGCCCCGACCUCUGCCUAGUCCUCUCUAAAGAUCCUCUGUAAGAACCAGGACCACCACAUGAUGGACAUCCAUCCCCUGAGGGUACCCUUAGACCUAAGAUAGGAAUAUUGACUCACCCCUCCAGCCCGGGGACAGUACUGGCCAUGUCUGUCCCAGUUGGGGCACUGUCCCCAACAUUCCCUUUACUUUGAGAAUAAGGGUCAUAGCUGAGUAUUACUAGCUAUUCAUGGGGCCAAGAAGGUGACAGGCUGAUUCCUUACCAUUUGAAUGGGCAUUUAUUUCAUAGCCCCUAACCUAUCUGUCAUGCCCCCCCCCCGAAUCCUCUGCUUGUGUGGGUGCCACAUGAGAGCUCCUGGGUUCACACUGAGAUGUUUCUGUGGUCCCCAGUCAGUCCACUCUCUACUUGGAACAAACAGGAAUGGAGAGUGUGGUCUUUUCUAAGUGACUCCGUUCUUCCUGGUUGAACAUUGCGUCCUCUCUGUUACCUGCAUUGCUGGUGCAGAAUGCAUUCCUUCCCUGUGAUUUUAUCAGGUACUUCUGUCGAAUUGCACAUUUUAAAAUCCUGGAUAUAUAGAACCUUUUUCUUUAACCACGUGGUAAUCAUCAGUUCUAAUCGCUCAUGUUUUGAUUAUAGCAGCUAAAUACAGUUUUAUAUAUACGCCAAGCUUAGAUUAA